CAACCGAAAUCUCCCGAGUGUUUUCAGUGGAUAAAGCCCACUGUUCACGCCCAGAAACAUCCUUCACGGCUCUGGGCGAUGGAGGCUGUGCAUUUCUCGACCGUUGCUUCCAGCCACUUCUCUGCAGUCUCUCACUCCUUCUCGACGAACACAAAAAGCUGGAGCCUCGGCGGUUCGACCACCGACGCUAGGAAAACGAGUCGGUUUCGCUCGACUUGGACCGGUUCAAACAAUUCCACCUCAAUCUCUUCCAGGAACUUGUUUAGUAGAGAAGUUUGGGGUUGGGUGAACUCGAAGAGUCUUACUCUGGGAACAGGCCUGCGCGGUGUUGUUGUGAGAGCUGAGAUGUUUGGGCAGCUCACGAGCGGUCUUGAGGCGGCGUGGAAUAAGCUCAAAGGAGAAGAGGUUUUGACCAAGGAGAAUAUAGUGGAGCCAAUGAGAGAUAUUAGAAGAGCUCUUUUGGAAGCAGAUGUAAGUCUUCUUGUUGCACGACGGUUUGUGCAAGCUGUCAGUGAGCAAGCUGUUGGUGUUGGGCUGAUUCGAGGUGUGAAACCGGAUCAGCAGCUGGUUAAGAUUGUUCACGAUGAGCUUGUGAAAUUGAUGGGUGGAGAGGUAUCUGAAUUAGUUUUUGCAAAAUCUGGUCCCACUGUAAUUUUAUUAGCAGGUCUGCAGGGAGUUGGAAAAACAACUGUUUGUGCAAAACUGGCUUAUUAUUUGAAGAAACAGGGGAAGAGUUGCAUGCUGGUUGCUGGAGAUGUGUACAGACCAGCUGCUAUUGACCAACUUGUUAUUUUGGGUGAACAGGUGGAUGUGCCUGUUUAUACAUCAGGGACUGAUGUUAAACCUUCAGACAUAGCCAAGCAAGGUUUAGAAGAGGCCAUAAAGAAAAAAAUAGACGUAGUCAUAGUGGAUACUGCUGGAAGGCUUCAGAUUAACAAAGCAAUGAUGGAUGAGUUGAAAGAAGUGAAGCGGGCCUUGAAUCCCACAGAAGUUUUGCUUGUUGUUGAUGCAAUGACGGGACAAGAAGCUGCAGCCUUGGUGACAACAUUUAAUCUAGAGAUCGGGAUAACUGGAGCCAUUUUGACAAAGCUGGAUGGGGAUUCUAGAGGUGGAGCAGCUUUGAGCGUCAAAGAGGUAUCAGGAAAACCAAUCAAACUUGUAGGGCGGGGAGAGCGUAUGGAGGACCUUGAACCUUUCUACCCUAACCGUAUGGCAGGACGGAUCUUAGGAAUGGGAGAUGUCCUCUCCUUUGUGGAGAAGGCACAAGAAGUUAUGCGACAAGAAGAUGCUGAAGAGCUGCAAAAGAAGAUAAUGAGUGCAAAAUUUGACUUCAAUGAUUUCUUAAAGCAAACUCGAGCUGUUGCACGAAUGGGCUCCAUGACUCGUGUUAUAGGAAUGAUCCCUGGUAUGGGGAAGGUUACUCCUGCACAAAUUCGAGAAGCAGAGAAGAGUUUAAAGAUAAUGGAAGCAAUGAUUGAAGCAAUGACGCCAGAGGAAAGAGAGAAGCCCGAAUUAUUGGCAGAAUCUCCUGCCAGGAGGAAAAGAGUUGCUGAAGAUUCUGGGAAAACGGAGCAGCAGGUGAGUCAACUUGUUGCUCAACUCUUCCAAAUGCGCUUUCGCAUGAAGAAUUUGAUGGGUGUAAUGGAAGGUGGAUCCAUUCCUGCAUUGAGCAAUCUUGAGGAGGCGCUCAAAGCUGACCAAAAGGCUCCUCCUGGUACUGCUAGGAGAAAGAGGAGACCAGGAUCAAGGAGGCAGCUCGUAGACUCAGCAUCAACAAGGCCAAGUCCCUGUGGUUUUGAGGCUGGGAACUAAAAGCUAAGAGGGUGCUGCACUGGUGACUUCAUGUCAAUUCAUCAUAGGCUCUCAAUUUGGUACUAUGGAGAUACAUGUCAUUACAUACCUUUUCAAAGGUGAGAUAUCCAAGGUUCUUUGAGCCGUGCAAGGCCGUUGGCUUUUUUCAUCGCGAGCACGGUAGCUGUGUAAAUGAAUGUUCCUGCAACGGUCAAUGUAAACCAAACAUCAUGUAUAUCAACACGUCUUGUUCACCAGUUCAGAUGUGUACUUGUAAUGCAUCCAUUGGUUGAAAUGGAAAAAUGUUACAAAGUUCAAACUGUUUUUA